GUUCACUGGCCCUCUCUCAUUGACAUUAUCCUUCCCUUGAAUUGUGACGAUGGCGUCUAUGGACACUGAUGAACAGUCUGUCGUACUACCUGCUAGCACUACCUCUGGCCUCAACAUAUCUUUGCACCCCUUGCCGAUCCUUAACAUCUCAGAACAUUUGACGCGACUGAGACUUCAAGCAAGGACGAACUCACCAUUUGUGCUCGGCGCUCUGCUCGGGACUCAGAAUGGCCGUGAAGUGGAGAUCGUGAACACUUUUGAGCUUGCUACGGAUGUCAACGACGAGAACAUAGUGGACCAUGCUUUUCUAGUCACCAGAAGGGAUCAAUACAAACAGGUCUUCCCGUCUCUCGAGUUCAUAGGGUGGUAUACUGUCGCACCCAUACCUACAGCAAGACAUAUAGUCCUACACGAACAAUUUACUGGGUACUGCUCCACGCCACUUCUUCUCCUCUUGCAGCCCUCGUCUACCAACAGCAUACCUACUUCUGACGUCUUGGGCCAAACUCUUCCCUUUACGGCAUAUGAGCCGACCGUGGAGAUCCGGGAUAAGAAAACUCGAUCUGUUUUUAUCGAAGCAUCGUUCAAGGUUGAGACUGGCGAAGCAGAGCGCAUCGCUGUUGAUUGGACUGCCAAGGGGGGUGUAGGAGGCACAAGCUUGGAGUCACAUCUACAAACGCAACGAGCGGCUGUCAAGAUGCUUCACGAGCGUAUAUUGAUUCUGGUGCAAUAUGUGACCAAUGUGAUCGCAGGUCAAGUGCCAAAGGAUCAUAUGACCUUGCGAUCCCUGUCUGCGCUCAUAGCAUCACUUCCCGCUAGCGAAAACGAGAGUUUCCGCCAGGAGUUCGAUACAGAAUACGAGGAUGUGCAAUUGACAGCCGUACUAUCGUCGUUGACCAAAUCUGCUAACAUACUGAAUGAUCUGGUGGACAAACAUAUAGUAAUGACCAUGGGUGUACGUGACGAGCGGUCUCUGCCAGGCCCUCGUCGACGCAUGGGAAGAGCCAGUGAAUGGGGAAUGCAUCCAUGAGCGAAUUACUCUUGUAACGCGUGUCAGACCUAGCGCUUGUGCCGAUAGUAUUGUAUCAUAUUUGCAACUUUACGACUUUGUCCCCCUAAUUUAUUGAGCACAGCAGCAAUUUAAUGCUGACACG